AUGAAGGAGCAUAGAACCGUCACGGUGAGCUGUGGGAAGCUGUAUGCCCCAGCUUCCGCGGUGCCGGCCGGUAACGCUGCGGUGGAUGUGAGCAAUGUCCUGGAGGGAAGUCUCGUAGCCACCACAGAGGCCCACGAGGUCUCUGGACGGAAGCCAUUCAAUUGCGCUGUGUGCGGGAAGGCAUUUGCAGAUUCAUCAACUCUUCGCAAUCCAAAAACACACUCGGGUGAGAAGCCAUUCAAUUGCUCUGUUUGUGUGAAGGCAUUUGCCCGUAAAGCAGAUCUUCACACUCACCAAACACACACGGGCGAGAAGCCGUUCAAUUGCGCUGUGUGCUGGAAGGCAUUUGCACGGAAAUCAGAUCUUCACAAGCACCAGAAAACACACACGGGCGAGAAGCCGUUCAAUUGCUCUGUGUGUGGGAAGUCAUUUGCAGAUUCAUCAACUCAUCACAAGCACCAGAAAACACACACGGGCGAGAAGCCGUUCAAUUGCUCUGUGUGCGGGAAGUCAUUUGCAGAUUCAUCAACUCUUCGCAAUCACCAAAAAACACACUCGGGUGAGAAGCCAUUCAAUUGCUCUGUUUGUGUGAAGGCAUUUGCCCGUAAAGCAGAUCUUCACACUCACCAAAAAACACACACGGGCGAGAAGCCGUUCAAUUGCUCUCUGUGUGGGAAGCCAUUUUCACGGAAAUCAAAUCUUCAUCGUCACCAGGAAACACACACGGACGAUAAGCCAUUCAAUUGUUCUCCGUUGGAGAGGACACGUUGCAUCCUGAGAUAUGGCUUGAUGUAG